UAUUGUUUAUUGUUAUAAUAAUAAUAAUAAUAAUAAGAAUCAUGGGAUUCUCUGAGAAGCCACCACAAAUAACAGAAGGAGGAGGAGGGGUAGACUCAGAUAACAAUAACAGAAAAUGGGUCAUCGCCGGAACGUCUUUGAGAGCGCCAUUGAAGCCAAUUUACACCGUGAUUCCGGUGGAUCAGAAAGCUAAACAACAAGAAGAAGAACAACAAGAGGAGUUUUCAACUUCAACAACUCCAACGGGAAAAGAAGCAAGGGUUCCAACAACUUUGAAGUGUCCACCGGCUCCGAGGAAGCCAAAAUCUUCUCUCAAGUGCAACUACCACGGCGCCGGCGGUGGAGCUAGGGAGUUCUUCACUCCGCCGGACUUAGAAACUGUCUUCAUUCGCCAUGUUGUUGAAAGGGCUAAUUGAUUGAUUUCAUAUAUAUAUAUAUAUAUCACUCUUGCCUUGUAUACUUAUGCUACGGUGGUUAUGGUAGCAUGAUUCAAAUUAAUGUAACCCUUUUUUACUAAUUUUUUAGA